AUGUCGGGGAAGUCAUUUUUAAACGUAACUGAAGUGCAGUGUUCAUGGCCCCUGCAUCCAGCCGAAACAUCUUGCGCAGAACUGCGCAUGGUUCACUUGCCUAUGCUGGUGUCAGAAAUCGCUUUAAACGCUGUUCUUUCCGUGGUAGCAACCACAGGUAACGCGCUGUGGAUUGCAGCAUACGCCAGAACCCCUUCCUUCCAGACACCACUUAAUAUGUGUCUACUCAGCUUAGCUCCUGUUGGUCUCUUUAAUGGCGCGGUUAUGCAGCCUCUGAUUAUAUCCGACACUGUUUUUUUCCUGGCGUGUCCGUCGACCACAUGCUCCCUGGAAUACAUCGUGUCUGGCAUAAUAACAUUAGUCGCAGACAGUACUCUACAAAACAUUGCAGUGAUAUGUAUAGAUCGUUACAUAGCGAUUAUUCACAGCAUCAAAUAUAACCAAUGGGUUACUAAAACGCGCAUAUGCAUAGCCUUUGGCAUUUAUGCCCUUUUUCGUUUAUUUUUAAGCAUUUGCGUAUUCACAGGAAUCAUCGAUUACCACGCGCUUGUCAUUGCUUCGAUAGUGUUUAGUGUUGUGAUUAUUAUUUUUGCUUGCCUAAGAAUAUUUUUAAGGAUUCGUCGAGUCAGCGCUGUCGCUGUUGAACCAGUGAAUCCGGAAGAGGAAAGAAAGAAAGCGCAAGAAAGAAAAGUUGCGAAAACUGUUGGAAUACUCGUAGGUAUUUCAGCGUUCUGUUAUGCACCUGCGCUUGGAUUUUUCUUCACCAAUAAGGCAACUUCUGUCAGCCCUCGUCUCCACACUGUACUCUGGCGCUACAUUGAAACUGUAAUGAUGUUAAACGCCGUCAUGAACUUCUCUGUUUACUUGUAUCGGCAUAAAGAUCAGCGAAUUGCGGUCCGAAAAGUAAUCAUUGAUGCGCGUAGCGCUGUUAAAAAUUGCUGUUGUCAUUAA